GGACAAGAAAUAAUCAAGUCGGAACCUUCUCCUAAACUGGUUCGGUUAACUGCUUGCUCCAUAGCUCUCCACACACACACCCUCCUUGUAUACUUCUCAUUGAUUUAGUUCCUUCCCUUGCCGUACCCUUAAGCUGCAUCAUCCUCCACGAAGUUGCGCAGUUGUUUCUUUGCAAGUAUUAAUUGUUUGUUUGCUUCAUCAAAAGAAAAGAAGAAAAAAAAAAAAUAGCACGUAAAGCUUUGAUAUUGAAGGCGAGAAGGAUAAAUUGUUCGUGGUGGAUCGAAUUAGCCGUAUCGUGGAAGGGACUUGGUUCGUGCUUUUCCAUGCAAAUUUGUAUAUUAAAGGCAAGUUAUUCCCCUGUGCUAUAAUCUUUGCGUCUCAGUUGCUCUACUUCCUACCCUGAGGGCCCUCAGAUGACUUGUAACCAUGUGUAUCAAAUAUAUUAUGGUAUUGAUCUGUCUGUGGACCUGGUCUGGAUCGUUGGCUUUUACAACUGUUGAUGAUGGUCUCCUGAGGAUUAGUCUGAAAAGAAGAAGCUUAGACAUUAACAAUCUUCGUGCUGCAAGAAUCCAGGGGGCUUUUCAUCCCAGAACUCCAGGGACUUUCCAUGAGAAUAAUAACUUAGAAAAAGCAGCUGUAGUGUAUUUAAAAAACUAUCUUGAUGCUCAAUAUUUUGGGGAAAUUAGUAUUGGUUCGCCUCCGCAAAGCUUCAAUGUUGUGUUCGACACUGGAAGCUCCAACCUUUGGGUCCCAUCUUCUAAAUGUAUCCUAUCCAUUGCUUGCUAUUUUCAUUCCAAGUAUAGGGCGCGACUUUCUAAUACUUACACCAAAAUUGGAACACCUUGCAAAAUUCCUUAUGGCCAUGGAUCCAUUUCAGGCUUCUUCAGCCAAGACAGAGUUAGAGUUGGGGAUAUCACCGUCAAACAUCAGGAAUUUGUUGAGAUAACAAAAGAAGGAAAUUUGGCAUUUUUGGCUCAUCAGUUUGACGGGAUACUUGGACUUGGAUUCAAGGAUAUUGCGGUUGGACAAGCCACACCAGUGUGGUAUAACAUGAUUAAACAAGGGCGUUUAAGUCAACCACUUUUCUCUCUUUGGCUGAACAAAGAUUCAACUUCAAAGAUAGGGGGUGAGAUUGUCUUUGGUGGUGUUGACUGGAGGCGCUUUAGGGGUGACCACACUUAUGUACCAGUUACCAAAAAGGGUUACUGGCAGAUUGAUGUGGGAGAUAUUCUUGUUGGGAAAAGUUCAACAGGGUUAUGCCGGGGUGGCUGUGCUGCCAUUGUAGACUCAGGGCUAUCCUUCAUCGCUGGUCCGACGGCUGUGGUGACUCAAAUCAACCAUGCCAUUGGAGCAUCAGGAUAUGUGAGUUUUGAAUGUAAAAAUGUGAUCCAUUACUAUGGAAAUAUGCUAUGGGAAUUCUUAACCUCUGGGUUAAAACCUGAAUUCAUAUGUGUUGAAAUAGGACUCUGUUCACACAAUAAAUCUCAUAUAGCGGACAAUGUUAUUGAAACAGCAGUGCAUGAUGAAAGUUCGGAUGCGUCAUCAAGCAGGGGAAAGCCACUUUGUACUUUCUGUGAGAUGAUCGUGUUUUGGAUCCAAGUUCAGCUUAAGCAAAAGAAUGCAAAGGAAAGAAUAUUUGAGUAUAUAGAUGAGCUGUGUGAGAGGCUCCCGAAUCCGGGGGGACAAUCAUUCAUAAACUGCAACGAUGUUGCAGAUAUGCCAACCAUAACGUUCACAAUUGGAAACAGGCCCUACUCUCUCUCUCCGGAACAGUAUAUUUUGAGAGUUGCACAAGGACACUCUGCUGUGUGCUAUGUGGGUUUUACUGCUCUAGAUGUGCCUCCUCCACAAGGUCCCCUAUGGGUGCUAGGAGAUAUAUUCUUGGCAGCAUAUCACUCUGUCUUUGACUUCGGCAAUCUUCGUAUAGGAUUUGCAAAAGCUACAUAGUCGUUAUGAAUCCAAAUUGCUUACAGGGUAGCUGAGAAGAGAUACACAUAAUUUAGAGCAAAUAAAUAAAUAAAUCCCCUUGUAAAUGGUGCCUGCUAUGUCUUGUCAAUAAGAUCUAUGAUGUUUCAAUUCUUAACUAUCCAAUUAUUCAAAUGCCCUCCCUUAAA